GGCCUGUGACGUCAUUGACACCAGCUCCCUCAUCAAAGAUGUCCGACCGUCUGCUGCUACUGACGUAAUCGUCACCUUUGACCGAGGAUCCGACGCUGAAGUGGCGCUGGUUGUGUCCGGCUUCUGCAAUUCGGAAGGGUAAAAUCUACCAUCCUACAAGCAUGAAGGUUCUCCUGGUGUUUGACUUUGACCACACUAUUGUGAAUGACAACAGUGACACAUGGAUUGUCCAAUGUGCUCCGGAUAAAAAGCUCCCGAACGUCUUAGAAAAUUCUUACGAGAAAGGGAAAUGGACAGAGUACAUGGGUAGGAUUUUCACCUACCUUGGAGAACAGGGAAUCCGCGAGGAUGAUAUGAAGAGAAUCAUGAUUGCUAUACCCUAUACCCCUGGGAUGACCGAGCUCCUUCAUUUUAUUGGCCAAAACAAAGAUCAAUUUGAUUGUAUCAUCAUCUCCGACUCCAAUACAAUCUUCAUCGACUGGAUUCUCACCCAUGCCAACGUGAACAACGUUUUCGACCAGGUGUUCACAAACCCUGCAACCUUCGACCGCUUUGGGAACCUCACAGUGCAGAAUUUCCACGUCCACCACUGUGCAGCCUGUCCCAAGAACCUGUGCAAGAGAAAAGUGUUGCAAGAAUUUGUGUCCAAGCAGACAGCAAAUGGAGUGAGCUAUUCCAAAAUAGUUUAUAUUGGCGAUGGAAGCAAUGACCUCUGCCCUGUGACGUUCCUUAAGAAAGGUGAUAUUGCAAUGCCCAGGGAGGGCUACACCUUACAGAAAAGAAUUGCCAAGGAGAUUGAUCUUAUCGAUUCAUCCAUAAGUGUGUGGUCUACUGGAGCCGAGAUAUUGUCUCACCUCAAGCACUUACUGGAAGAAUAAGCUUCUGUCUUGACAUGAGAAUGGAUGCUAAGACCCCGCAUUACAGAUCAUAUCUACGAUAUAGUCUAUAGUAGGUGGCGUCUUAUCCUGCAUUUUGUCAAGUUCGUUAAUAAGCGCACAAUCGGUAUAUUUACCCUGAAUGUCAAUAAAUAUGUCUCCUAAUAAUUUUGCACAUUAGAUGGUUGGUGGAACUGUGGUUCUGUUCCAGUGUGUUCUUCAUUUGGUUCAGCAUCCCAUGUACUGCAGUGAUUCUCACCAUGGUUCCUCAAGCCAAACAACCAAUGGAUAUUCGUGGUUCCUACCUUUUCAUUCUCAAACAGUCCCAAGAGCAGAUCUUGUUUUCAAGAUAUCCUUAAUACUGCACAGGUGAUAUGAGGAUUCUAUGUGCAGGAAUUACCACAGGUGAUCAAUUAAUGGGAUAUCCUCAAGCCUGACCUGUUGGCUAGUACUUAAAUCUGACCUAUCUGGAAGAAGCUGUAAGCAGUUCUCUAUUUCAUUCUUUUAUUCAUGUUGACAUCAUAAUUUGACUGGAUGAUGGAGCAUAUUCUGAGAUAAAGUUUUUUGCAUCAGGAUAAUACAUUGUGAUA